AUGUUGUUAAACGAAGUGGACAGAGACGGCGAUGGAUGUAUCAAAUUGGAAGAGUUCAACACGAUUGACUCGGCCUUUGGGGCCCAUGAUUGGGAAGCCAAGUUGGGGGAGACAAUUGACUUCUUUGACUCUGAUCGUGAUGGGAAGAUAGCUGCGAGGGAAUUGCUCAACGUUUUAAAAACUAUUGAGGACUCGCAGUGCACAUUAGAGGACUGUCGGCGCGUGAUAAGAGGCGCAAAUAGGAAUGGGGAUGGGUUUUGGUCUGGUGGAUGGCCAGAGGCAAUGCUGAUGGUGGUGCAGAUUGGGGAAGAUCAUGUGGCGGCGGCAUACUAUAAAUGUUAA